CAACCUUUGACUUUCUUCUCAGGAAACACAAACCAGCGCCUUUAAUAAAUUUCAAUCAUAGCAAUUUUUCCCGCUUGCCUCUUUCAAACCGCAGAAGCCAGAGCAUCCAUUUAGCAAAAACAAAACAGAACUCAUCGUUCUCUGAAAGUGAGAGAAAUGGAGGCUGCCAUUACCACUUUCUGCCAAUCUCUCGCUUCCUUCUGCCACCACGUCCAGACCUCCUCUCAAGCCCUCUCGGAUUCCAUCCAGAGGCGCCCCAUCCCUCUCGAUUCAGCGGCCUCCGCCUUCUUACAAAGCCUCGAUCGCCGCAUCUCCUCCGCCAGCACCGAUCUCAACCUGCUCGAGUCCAUGGCCUUCGGCACCGUCUCCUUCGAGGAGCUCCUCGGCCACUGCAACGAGGUCUACAAGACCAACCAAAAGUACAUCUCCGAUCUCCAAGACCGCAUGCGUCCCUUCGGCUACGUUGCCGAAAUGGAGUCGGAUGGCGAAGGUGGGGAUGCAGACUCCGGCAUAGAUUCAAAGUUUAGGAGCCCAGUUAAUAAUGGUGUGGUUAGGUUUCCUGUUACUUGUGGCUCCGUUUCUGUAGCACGAUCAAACAGGAGGCUCGAGGAAGAUUCUUUAUUUGAGGACUCCUCAUUACAGAAUCUUGGCCUUUCAGAUGCUUGUCUUGCCACUUUAGCCUCUGAAGAUAAUGAUUACACUGCAAGCCUAAUGAUAUUUUCGCAAAAUUUGAUAAGCCCUAAUGAUCGCGAACAGCUUGCAGAAGCAAUGCCAUUUGAAACUCCAAAGGAAGUUUGCAAUUUAUCAGGUGCUAGAGAAACAAUGAUAAAGACCUCCAGGGUUGAUUAUGAUAGCCUUCCUCCCUACAUGAAAAGUCUCGCAUCGUGGGAGGAAGCUGUUGUCAAGAUGAAUUCGUACCUUUGUAAGGACAGAACAAAGGGUAAUGAUGUAUUUAACCAAGAUGAUCUUGGAACAAUGGGUCUUGGGAGCAAGGGAAGAUCUUACUUGUUGCUACUCUUACGCAUGAAUCAGUUAGUUGUGGAGACUGUUGAUGGCUGCAUUUUUUACCGCAUCCAUGUUUAGCAAAUACAUUUGAAGGUUGUCCUUGUUUGGCAAACUUAAAUUCAAAUGAAUCAUGUUAUGCGUGUCAGGUUCUUAUUUCAAGCAUUGGACAAGAACUUCCAUCUCUACUUGUAUAUCAAAGGGUCGGUACCUAUAAAAUUAUGUUGUAAACGGAUAUGUACUGUACAUUCAUUAAACUCUUUUUUCUAGCGAAGAUCAAGUCGAUGCCUUUCAAAAACAGGGAUGAGUUCUGUUUGCAGAUGGAUCAUUUUUGCAGACUGCCUCUCAUGUUGUUAAGGUUUCAGUGUCAACCUGUCUUUCGAAACUCAGCAACAAAGUGAAUACUGAAGUUCACUUUUCUUAGGUUGUGAAUGUAUUAAUUUUUAACUAAAACUGGUUAAACCUGUUUAGUUUUUAGAAAAUAUAUUCUAUU